AUGCCUCACGCAGCCUCACGGAAACCAUCCCCGCCUGCAACCCCAGCUACUGUCUCCUUCUCUCCCCUUAAGAACUGCUUCCUCAAUCUUCCUACAUCACUCGUCUCAGUGCUCACCAACAGCAACACUCCCGCCCAGAAUGUAGUUGUUGAGAUCUCAUUCCGGACUACAACCUCAAGUAGCUCGGGCACAACGAGUACUUCGAGAUGUGCGUAUGCAGGGUGGACAGGAAUGUCCAGUAAAAGGAAGCCAGGCGCAGGGAGAGUGGAAGAUGCAGUGGUGGAGAUGGAUCCGGCUUUUGCGAGGAACGUGGGCUUAAGUGAAGGGUCAAAGGUUUCCCUCCAUCUGCAUCUUGACCCUCCCCCAGCCCAUACAUUGCACAUUGAACCCCUUACUCCGAGCGACUGGGAAAUCAUUGAGCUCCAUGCCAACUUCCUCGAGCUCAACCUAAUCUCCCAAAUUCGUUGUGUAUCCCCCGCCCAUCCGAUAAGUGUCUAUCUCUCUCCCACAUCCACCGCGUCGAUCCGCCUUACCAAGGUUGAGCCCGAGUCAGCGCUUUCGUCUCCGAAUGGAUUUGCGAAAAUCUCUCCCGACGCUGAGAUUGUCGUUGCUCCAAAAACUCGUCAGAGAAGACAGAGUAGAGGCGCGAAGAGUACAACAAGUACAAAAACGGCCGCGGGAAAGAAGAAGAGCGAAGGGGCAGCAGCCUCAUCGAAUGCGCUUUUCCUAAGAGCUGUCGCAUUGCCGGCAAUUAGAUACAUUCCCAAAACUGACGAUGAUGAGGAAGUAGAUACAGAUAAUGAAGAAGAGGAGGAAAUUGCUGAGGGCGGAAAGGGUAUGGCUGUUUACCUCGAUCCAACCAUGAUGUUUUCUGCACGCCAACUUCGGGGGGUAUCACACGUAGUGGUCUCGGUCGUUAAGCCGCCAGGCCUUGCACCACCAUUAGAUCCUUCCCAAGCGCAAGCCCAGCAGCCGGAUGAUAAGGACAAAAAGGACAAGAAGGAUACCGCCCCGGAGGUCAUACCAACAGCUAAACUUAUAGCUGUGAUCAAGCAAUGGCCGUCUGCACCAGAUGGGACACACAUCGCGCUCUCCAGGCUCUUGUCGGCAGCUCUUCACCUUGCACCCGGACAGGUGGGAGAUAUGAUCCGCAUUGAACCCGCGCCGCCACAGAUUCCGGUCAAGAACAUUGCAAAGAUCAAAGUCUUCCCCUUCCAGGGUGUCGAAAAAGAUGCGGGACUGAAAUGGGGAGGAGGAACAAAACGACUUGAAGAAGUUGCGAUUGCAAGGUUGCAGGAGGUCCUAGGCCCAAGAAGACAGCGAAAUGGGACUAAGGCCAUGAUCGAGGAGGAUAAAAGUGCCAUCUCCCCGGGAGAGUACAUUCUUGAGGGUGCAAUAACGGAUAACUUGAUCCUUCCUGCCGUUAAAGAUUCCCCUAUCACCACUGGUGGUAUCAUGCGAAUUGAACUUUCUUCCACUGAUGGCACCGAUUCCGCAACAGCUAUCAAGUGGAUCCUCGCAACUGAUAAGCGGCUGCCUAUAGAGCUAGGCACCCCUGUCCCUAAACCGAUUGCUCUCAAGGAGACAAGCGAGACUAUUUUUACACCAGAUGAAACGGGGACGCUGAUUGUAGGAGUUGAUGAUAUUCUAAAUAACAUUACCACAAAUCUUUUGUCCUCCUCUUCAGUUCUCCUUUCCGGUGCUCACGGGUCGGGGAAGACAAGCAUUCUCCGUCUCCUUGCUAAACGUCUCUCCGGUUCUCCCCACUUUCACCGAGUUAUUGACCCCGGCUCGCUCUCGAAAAUGGCGGAGGAGCGGGUCGGAACAGUGAAGGAACAAGUCUCGCGUUGGUUUAAUGAAGCUGCAUGGACUGCGGGAAAGACUGGGAAAACCAUAGUAAUCUUGGAUGACCUCGACAGGCUGUGCGCCUCUGAGUCUGAAAAUCAGGAUAAUUCCCGUGUGAGACAGGUUGCAGAGGUUGUAGUGGCCGCAGUGAAGAAGUAUACUUCUUCUGGCGGAAGCGGUGUGAAGAGGGGUGUUGUAGUUCUCGGAAGCUGUCAGGCCAAAGAGAGCAUGCAUAACCUUGUUAUCGGCGGACACGUAUUUAGAGAAAUAGUAAGCUUGAAGGCAAUGAGUAAGGAGGGGAGAAGAAUCGUGCUCGAGGGCGUGAUCGGUAAGGAUGGUGUCCUCGAGAAAGGCUUGGAUUUGAGGGACAUUGCCGCAAAGACAGAAGGGUAUAUGCCUGGUGAUCUUGUACUUCUUGUUGGGCGAGCUAGGCACGAAGCUGUGGUGCGCAUGGUUGAUGCCGGCCAGAACCGCCUUUCCCAAGAAGCCCUUGUACUUCGACGAGUCGAUUUCGACGCUGCACUAAAAGGUUUUGUUCCAGCUGGACUUCGUGGUGUGAAGCUGCAAACCUCUGGGGCGCGAUGGAAGGAUAUAGGAGGACUAACGGAGACUCGAAAAAUCCUGCUGGAGACACUUGAAUGGCCAACUAAAUAUGCGCCAAUCUUUGCAUCAUGUCCUCUGCGUCUCCGUUCUGGAUUACUUCUAUACGGCUAUCCCGGUUGUGGUAAAACACUUCUUGCAUCCGCUGUGGCCGGAGAAUGUGGCCUUAACUUCAUCUCUGUGAAGGGUCCAGAGAUCCUGAACAAGUAUAUUGGUGCUUCAGAAAAAAGCGUUCGUGAUCUCUUCGAACGAGCCUCUGGCGCAAAGCCUUGUGUUCUAUUUUUCGACGAGUUUGAUUCUAUCGCGCCAAAGAGAGGGCACGACAGUACUGGUGUCACAGACCGUGUUGUCAACCAAAUGUUGACUCAGAUGGAUGGAGCUGAAGGGUUAGAUGGUGUUUAUGUCCUAGCUGCUACCUCUCGGCCAGAUCUCAUUGAUCCUGCCCUUUUGCGUCCUGGGCGAUUGGAUAAGUCUUUGCUCUGUGAUAUGCCGAACGCACAGGAUAGGCUUGAGAUCUUCGAAGCCAUUGUAGGUGACGGUAUGCUACGGAUCGAUCAUACUGUUGACUUUAAGGAGCUUGCCAGGAGAACAGAAGGGUUCUCUGGGGCAGAUUUACAAGCGGUGCUCUACAACGCUCACCUAGAGGCCGUUCAGGGUAUGAUCGGCGAGGAAGUUCGGAAGAGAGAGGAGCAGGGUAAUAGUGAUGAGAAAGAGAAGGAGCGCGGAGAGGAGGUAGAAUUUUUAGAGUUUGUGUGGGGAGAUAGCCGGAAGGGGAGAGACAAGGUCGAAGAGGGUCUGGCAGCAAAGAGAAUGCUAAAGGAGCGACUCGCUCUCAUGGAAAAGCUCGAGGGACUUAAAAAGAAACAGCGUCUCCGCAAUCUUACUCCUUCCGAGGAAGAUAUAGCUUCCCAAGCUGCUGAAGAGGAAAAAACCUUGGAUGGGGAUGGGAAAACGGAGGUCAUGAUCACUUGGGACCAUGUCGAGAGUUCACUUAGCUCUACACGCCCUAGUAUAGCUCCAGAUGAGAGGAAGAGACUAGAGGCCAUAUACACAGAAUUCGUUGGGCAGAGGAAUGGAGAAAUGCCCACCGGCCAGGGAAGCACCGAGGUGGGAGGAAGGAGCAGCUUAAUGUAA